CCAAAUGGCAUUUUGAAAAUUUCUGUAUGCGGUCACACUGUUCGCCUGACGCGCCGUUCUGCAAAAAAAAGUAACCAAGAAGUUAUAGAUCUCAACUAAUCCACAAUGGCUGAUUCGGAUGAUGAGUACGAUCGGAAACGGCGAGACAAAUUCCGUGGAGAGCGCAGCGAUAGUUACCGGACAGAGCGCCGAGAUGACCGUCGACCUUUGGGCGGCUCCGGCAGUGCCCGGGACGAGUGGUCUGACCGCAAUCCCUUCAGGGGCGGUGCUUCUGCGGGAGGCGGUGGGGGAGGGGCUCGUCACCGGCCCGACUACAGCGACUACCGUGGCCCAGGUCCGAGAGCGCGUUAUGGCUCGCCCGGUCGCGACUUGCCGCCGGCUAAGCGAAUGCGUCCUGACUGGGGCGAUGGAGAUGUGCGCCCUAAUCCCCGUUUCGGAGGAUAUGAUCCCUAUUUAAUGCAAGCGUGGAAUGACCACUACCAAUCUAUACACUCUGCGUACUCGCACGGCAGUCACAUGCCACCAGUCCGGGAGUCGGGGGGCAGCGGCGGUGACUCCCUUACGCAGCCGGCAAUGCUCAAUCUAAAGCAAUUCCUGGACACACAAGACGAGAACAUUUCGGACUCGGAGGUCAUGCGGAAGUACACCGAAUACAAGACGGACUUCAAGAGGCAGCAAUUGAACGAGUUCUUUGUGGCCCACAAGGAUGAGGAAUGGUUCAAAAAUAAAUACCACCCCGAGGACAGUGUAAGGCGUGCCGAAGAGCAGCGGGGCUUUCUAAAGAGACGCACUGACGUGUUCGUGGAGUUGCUUGAAAACGGUACCAUCGGAAGCGUCAAGGUAGACUCAGUGCAGGGUGAUGCUCUGAUCCGGGUCCUGGACACCUGUGUCAUCAAGCUCGAGGGUGGCACCGACGAAGACCUUAAGGCGCUCGACGAAAAGCCAAAGGAGACGCCGGUUUAUGAGCGAAAGCAUGAUCCCGCGCCCGUCAAGGCGGUGGAUGAAGUAAAAAGUCCCAAGAAAGAAACUGAAAAAGAGGCAUCGCCAGUUAUUGUGUCCCCCCAGCGAAAAUCGGUUAAGCCUCUCAACUCUGAUGACGAAAAUUGGGAUGAGGAAGUGGCAGCUCCGCCCAAGAAGGACGUGGAGGAAGAACCGAAGGCCUUGGAGUCGGGCAGCGAAGAUAAGUCGCGCAGAAAGAAGUCGGCAAAGCGUAAGCGAGUUAAUAGUGGCGACGAUAGCUCCUCGGAAUCCGAUUCUAGUUCUAGCUCCGACGAUGAAGACGAGGAGAAGCUGAAGAAGAAAUAUGACGUUGAGGACGGCUUGAGAAGCGAGCAGAAGGCUGAAGCUGAAAAAGAUAAGGAAAUGCAAGAUGCCAAAGUAAUUGAGGCUCCGGAGAGUCCCAAAGAGGCCACUGAAAACUCGGCUGAAGAAGUCAAAGCCUCAGAUGCCGCUGAGACACCUGCUGAGGAAGCUGAGCAAGAAAAGCCCGAAGUAGCGGAAGAAGUGAAUAGGCCGAAACAGGAUCAGGAAAACGGUGAUAAAAUCACAACGGAGGAUGGCGAGACUAAGUCAGAUUCUGAGGAAAAUAAAGUAAUGGAGACGGAGACCAUUGACUUAGACAAGGUUAGAGAUGGGCAGCCAAGGGCUCUACAUCGCACCUCUUCAAUUUUCCUUCGAAAUCUGGCCCCUUCCAUAACUAAGGCGGAAAUCGAAGCCGUAUGCACCCGGUUCAGUGGAUACCUAAGGGUGGCCAUCGCCGAUCCCCUGGUGGAGCGUCGUUGGUAUCGCCGCGGUUGGAUUACGUUCACCAGAGACGUAAACAUAAAAGAGAUUUGUUGGAGUCUGAACAACCAGCGCCUACGGGACUGUGAAAUGGGGGCUAUUGUCAAUCGCGACUUAAGCCGUCGGGUGCGACCUGCGAAUGGUAUUACUGCCCACAAGCAAGUGGUGCGGUCGGACAUUAAACUAUGCGCUAAGAUUAUCCUGAAUUUGGAUGAACGGUUCAGACUGUGGCCAGAACCAACUUCAGACGAUUCCAUCCCCUUCGAUAGAGCGGGCGAGUCCUCAGCGAACGGUAACACCUCCACAUACGGCAUAAAAUCUAAAAACCCGGUGCUGCAGAACAUUACCGACUAUCUCAUCGAAGAAGCUUCCGCUGAGGAGGAAGAGCUGUUGGGCCUAACCGGCGAGAACAAGGACGCCGAAGGCGAACCCAUUGAACGAGACGAGCAUCUUUUGGCCGUAUUGGACCGCCUGGUUCUUUACCUGAGAAUCGUUCAUUCUGUGGAUUACUACAAUCACUGCGAGUACCCAUAUGAAGACGAGAUGCCGAAUCGUUGCGGCAUUAUACAUGCCCGCGGACCGGCUCCAUCGCGGGUGACCAGCAACGAUAUACAUGAGUACGUCAAAACGUACGAGAGCAAGUUGCAGCAAUUUCUUACCAAGACGGCGCUGCUUAGCGAUGAGGAGACCAAGGAUCUGGGAGCGAAGGACGCUGAAACCGAGGUGGAGAAGUUUGUGCAAGCCAACACUCAGGAAUUGGCAAAGGAUAAGUGGCUGUGCCCUCUGUCCGGAAAGAAGUUUAAGGGCCCUGAGUUCAUCCGAAAACACAUAUUCAAUAAACACGAGGAGAAGGUUGACGAAGUUCGCAAGGAGGUGCAGUACUUUAACAACUACCUUCGGGAUCCCAAGCGUCCGCAGCUCCCGGAGCAUCCUGGCAGUUCAAAGCGUCCGGAGUCUGAAUCCGGACGCGGAGGCGGCUCAGGAUACCGCCCGCCCAUGUAUCCACCCUUCUCCGGCAUGCCUUAUGGCUUCUCUCCAUCGAUGAUGGGUGGAGGCCGCGGCGGACGCAACUUCCCGCCCGUGCGCAGAGAAUUGCCUUUGGAACACCAGCGUCGGCUAAUCGGCUACCACGAUUUGGAUGCGCCUGCCAAUUCCGAUAUGUUUGAUUAAUUUUUUAGCACAAUACAAGUGAAAAACACAAUACAAGCGGGCCCACUCGAUGCCGCUUCAUCGUUUGGCGAGCCAAAGUUUUAAAAGCAAUUCAAGCACCAACAGAAUAAACAAAUUCUAAAAAUGGUUUUAAAUCGACAAUAGAUAUUCGUUUUCAAGUACAAUAUUACACUGUAUUAAGAAUCCGACAAAGCGACUUUGCUAGUUUUAAUUUUCCUGAAAUAAAUGCGAAUCUAUAGUCUAAAAACACUGUAACAUUUUGUAUAAAACUCCUGCCUAGCUUUGCGUAAAUAAUUCCAAAAUAUAAAUUCAUUUUCGUUGCUUACAGACCCGGUGGUUUUGAUUAUCGACCCAGAUCACACUACCGGGACUUGGAUGCGCCGCAAGAACCGUACUAGCAAUAGUCGUGCGCAGAUCACAAACUAAAUAAAUUGUAUUUAUCAAAUUAACUCAAACACUCACACUAAUUUAAAUAACUGACGUCUGUUUUGUACGGUACACUUUUGUAUUUCCGAAAAAUGAGAAAUAAAGUUCGAAUGGAACCGAAUCGUUUAAAUAA